UGCCACGAACCAUCAAGCUUUAUCCCUAAAAUUAAUUGAAACUACAUUUUUUGAAAAACCAAUUUUUACUCCAGUUGUGGGUCAAGUAAAACAAUGCUAAUAUAUCAGACCAUUUUUUUUUGCAAUAUUGCGCUCCAUUCCCAUGGUAACCAAUAGGGAAAAAAGGGGGGGUUGAAAUUUGGUGAAAUGUGAAAUUUUCUCAAAUUUAAGAUGUUGCAUAAUGAAAAGUAUGAAAAAAUCAAUAGAUAUACAACUGUUUGCCUUAAUUUAUUAAUUUUCACCAUUUUUCCCAUAUAUUUUUUAUUGACUAUCAGUUUCAAACGCUAUAAUAACGAAUUUUUUUAUCUCAAUUUUCCCAAAUUUCAAUGCUAUUUUUCUUAAAUCUGCAACAACAUAAUUGAUCAAACAGAAUAUAUCCAGAAAGUGCCACACCUAAACAAUAUAAAUCAAAAGAAAUAUUGAGAAGCCUUUGGACAGAGGCCACGGUGACAGUGAUUCUCUGCAUGGACUUUCUCAAUUUUUCUUCAAAAUUGUGCCAUAGAAUUAUCUCCCUUGAAUGAGCUCUUUAAUAGUAAGUGCACAAAAGGUAGUACAUGUCAACUUCCAGUAGCAGAAGACACUUGUCAACAAAUCAAUGAUAUGCAGUGUCUUCUUUGAUGUGGUUUUAGUGUUUUCAUGAUGGUAUAGAUGGAGUGCUCUUUUUCCCAGUAUUCAAGGAUUACUUGUAACACUAACUUUAACACCAAACCAUCAUCUCAGAUAUGUUCAUUCAAUUCUUGUCGUGACAACAUUGACGCACAUCUUUCAAAAAACAGAAUCAACCCAUCUUCACUUUGUAAUGAACAAGAACUUGUUAAAUUUCGUGCUGGACUUUUUGAACGUGAGACUGACCAAUUCACAAUUUGUCCAAACCACCGCUACUAUUUGGGGAAAGGAUGGAAGGCAUCAAAGCUGUGUAUGCUGAAGCCCCCACUUCAGACUUGUAAUGGAAAGAGAAAAAUAGAGAAAGCAACUGUUACAGUUCAGCAGUCAAGAUAUAUUCUUGAACAGUUUGGAAUUCUUAUUCCUGUAGGAGCAGGAGUCUGUCGAAAAUGUAGAAGUGACAUGGUACAUGCCAUCCUGGACAAAGAUAAUCCUACAGAAAGCCUACAUGCACCUGUAAAUACAUAUUCUGAAGAUACUACCAUUACUACUGUCUCAGAGGAGAGAGCAAGCCUAGACAAGAUACCCUGUGAUUUCCAACAUAACAAAGAUUGUGAAUAUGAGGAAGAAUAUGCUGCAAGCUGUAGCACACAGAUGUCAAAUGCUGAUUCUCAGGUAGUUUAUGGUUACCGAAUAGCCAGGACACUGACACCAGUGAACAUAUGGACAACCCAGACAUCCCUCAUCAUGAUAAUUCAAUGAAACGUAAAGCACUUGAUAAUUUUUUGCAAUCCUGUGGUCUUAGUCCUGUGAAGAAACAACUAAAAAUCAACUGGAAUCUAUCAUCAGAACGCACCCAAUACGACUAUUCAAUGAAGACCAAACAGAUAUUUGAACAGGUGGUUAAUGUUCUUGCACCAGGACAAGGAAGUCAUCUCCUUGAUUCAGUCAUGAAUUCAAAUCCUUCAACUUCAUCUGACAAAACGCUUGAAAUUUUAUCUACAGCCUAUGAUUUAUCAUCUGAUUGGGGAACACAGAGACAGAUUUUGUCAGUAUUUGCAAAUAACUUUACUUUCAAAGAAAUGAGUACUUGCAUUCCAAAUUUAACAAAAUAUAGAUAUACAGCUGCAAGAAAACAUGCUUCAGAAAAAGGACAAGGACAGCCUGUACAAAUUUUACCAUAUACCCGCGAAGGGUUGUCUGAACAUCAAAUCAAAUGUUUUAUUGAUUUUGUUAUGUCACCAAGCGUAAUGACUGAUUCACCAUUUCUGGAAACAAAAUUAAAACUAUCAAAUGGAGAACUGUAUCAAGUACCUCAAAUAAUUUUGAAUAGUGUCCGCUCUCGAGUUGUAGAACAGUACCAGACUUUUUGUAGGGAAUCCGGAAUAA